CCGUGGAGGAGCCCAAAAUAGCCCCGGGCUCACCUGGAGGGGGGCGGGGGGCCGGGGCUGCCGCCUGCCCUCAUCCCACUGCUCCAUAUUAAUGAGCCCCUUCCUCCUCCUCCUCCUCCUCCUCCUCCCCCCGUCCCUCCCGGUGUCCGGCGGUGCCGAACCCGAGCUCAGCGACACGAGCCCACCCGCGCUCGGCUCCGGCCGCCCUCGCCAUGGCCGGGGGUCCCUCGGUGUUCCAGCUCUGGCUCGUGCUCCAAACCUGCUGUCUCUGCCUGGCCCAGCUCCGAGGGCCGCCGGGCCAGCCUGGCCCGAGAGGGCCCCCCGGUCCCCCAGGAGUGCCGGGAGCGGACGGGAUUGACGGUGACAAAGGCCCUGCUGGAGCCCCGGGCUCCCCGGGUGUCAAGGGGGACCCCGGAGCCCCCGGCCCCGAUGGACCCCCAGGGAAGCCGGGCAUCGACGGCCUGACGGGAGCAAAAGGGGAGCCAGGACCCAUCGGAGCACCAGGAAUUAAAGGCCAGCCUGGACUUCCAGGGCCUCCAGGGCUCCCUGGCCCUUCUCUGCCAGGACCACCCGGGCUUCCAGGCCAAGUGGGGCUUCCUGGAGAGAUUGGGGUGCUGGGACCCAAGGGUGACCCUGGACCCGACGGCCCCCGGGGCCCCCCAGGCCCUCCAGGGAAACCCGGCCUCCCGGGACACAUCCAAGGAUUGGAGGAAGGCAGCGCUUUUCUGUGCCCGACCAGCUGCCCCCCAGGUCCCAAGGGCCCCCAGGGACUGCAGGGACUGAAGGGACACAGAGGCCGCCCCGGUGCCCUCGGGGAGCCCGGCAGGCAGGGGGGGCAGGGCCCCAAGGGCGACAUCGGUGCCUCUGGAGAACAAGGAGUCCCCGGUCCUCCGGGACCUCAGGGCCCCAGGGGGUACCCUGGGAUGGCAGGACCCAAGGGCGAGAUGGGCCCUGCUGGGUACAAGGGCAUGGUGGGGUCCGUGGGAGCGGCCGGGCGGCCGGGCAGGGAAGGCCCCAAGGGACCGCCCGGGGACCCCGGUGAGAAGGGAGAGCUGGGUGGCCGUGGCAUCAGGGGACCUCAGGGAGACAUCGGCCCCAAGGGGGAGAAUGGCCUGCCUGGCAUCGAUGGCAAGGAUGGCACCCCGGGUAUCCCGGGGGUGAAGGGCAGUGUGGGACAGGCCGGACGCCCGGGAGCGCCGGGACACCGGGGACAAGCUGGCUUGCCAGGCCAGCCGGGAAGCAAAGGUGGCCCGGGAGACAAGGGUGAAGUGGGUGCCCGUGGCCAGCCUGGUGUCACCGGUGCCCCAGGGCAGCUUGGGGAGCCCGGCCCUCGGGGCGAGCAGGGCCCAGAGGGUGUCCCUGGGCUGAAGGGCGACCGGGGCGAGCGUGGCCUCGUGGGGCCCCCGGGGGAGCAGGGCAGAGUG